GUUCUAGGAGUCUUCCCUGAUCUUCUUUGGGGUCCUGGCUUAAGAGACCACUCAUCCCAGCUCAGUUGGGGAAGUCCUCACAGCCACAGCUCUCAGCAGCAAUCUUGAGAUCUCUACAAUGAUGAUGCUUUCUGUGUUUGGACUCUCUGUCCCCAUCUCGGCCACAAUGCUUCUCCUGGCCUCCGCUGUCUUCUGUCUGGUGUUCUGGUUGGUCAGGGCUCGGCAGCCUCGGGUUCCCGAAGGCCUGAAGAGUCCACCAGGGCCCUGGGGCUGGCCUCUGCUCGGGCACGUGCUGACCUUGGGGAAGAACCCCCAUCUGGCGCUGGCAAGGCUGAGCCAGCAUUAUGGGGACGUGCUGCAAAUCCGCAUUGGCUCCACACCUGUGCUGGUGCUCAGCGGCUUGGAUACCAUCCGGCAGGCCCUGGUGCGUCAGGGUGAUGAUUUCAAAGGCCGACCUGAUCUCUACAGCUUCUCUCUGAUCACUGACGGCCAAAGUAUGUCCUUCAGCCCAGACUCUGGACCGGUGUGGGCUGCCCGCAGGCGCCUGGCCCAGAACGCCCUGAAGAGUUUCUCAAUUGCCUCAGACCCGGCUUCCUCAUCCUCCUGCUACCUGGAAGAGCAUGUGAGCAAGGAGGCUGAGUACCUCAUUGGCAAGUUCCAGGAGCUGAUGGCAGAGGUUGGGCACUUUGACGCCUACAGAUAUGUAGUGGUGUCAGUGGCCAAUGUCAUCUGUGCCAUGUGCUUUGGCCGGCGCUAUGACCAUGAUGACCAAGAGCUGCUUAGCUUAGUUAAUCUGAGUAAUGAGUUCGGGGAUGGCGCUGCCUCUGGGAACCCUGUGGACUUCUUCCCCAUCCUUCGAUACCUACCCAACCGUUCCCUGGAUUUCUUCAAGGACAUAAAUGAGAAGUUCUCUAGCUUCAUGAAAAAGAUGGUCAAGGAACACUACAAAACUUUUGAGAAGGGUCACAUUCGGGAUAUCACAGACAGCCUGAUUGAGCACUGUCAGGACAAGAAGCUGGAUGAGAAUGCCAAUAUCCAGGUGUCUGAUGAGAAGAUCGUUAAUGUUGUCUUGGACCUCUUCGGAGCUGGAUUUGACACAGUCACAACUGCCAUCUCCUGGAGCCUCAUGUACCUGGUGACAAGCCCCAAUGUACAGAAAAAGAUCCAGAAGGAGUUGGACACGGUGAUUGGUAGGGCGCGGCAGCCCCGGCUCUCUGACAGACUCCAGCUGCCCUACUUGGAAGCCUUCAUCUUGGAGACCUUCCGACAUGCUUCCUUCGUCCCUCUCACUAUCCCCCAUAGUACCACAAGAGACACAAGUCUGAGUGGCUUUUACAUCCCCAAGGGGCGUUGUGUCUUUGUGAACCAGUGGCAGAUCAACCAUGACCAGAAGCUAUGGGGUGACCCAUCUGAGUUCCGACCAGAACGAUUUCUCACUUCUGAUGGCACUGUCAACAAGGCACUGAGUGAGAAGGUGAUUCUCUUUGGCUUGGGCAAGAGGAAGUGCAUCGGUGAGACCAUCGCCCGCUUGGAGGUCUUUCUCUUCCUGGCCAUCCUGCUGCAGCAGGUGGAAUUCAGUGUGCCACAGGGCACAAAGGUGGACAUGACCCCCAUUUAUGGGCUGACCAUGAAGCAUGCCCGCUGUGAGCACUUCCAAGUGCGGGUGCGCACUUAGGUGUCAGAGAGCCCUGCAACUUAGACUCUAUUUACCUGGCCUGUCUGGGCAGCCAGACCAGGGGGCUGGCUUGGGGUCUGGGUGUGGGCGGGGGGCGGUCUAAACUUUGGCCUGAAACCCACAGAUAUUGGUCUGGCUGAUUUUUGCUGUCUGGGCUACAGGCAAGCUUAAAGGAUCAUGUCUGCUCCUCAACCUUGGACUUGCUCCUCUGCAGAUUGACCACAGACAAUGGACACAGCAGGGGCCAAAAAAAAAAAAAAAAAAAAAAAAAAAAAA